AUGCAGACCAGAGAGAAAGAAGGAGAAGACCAGAGGAGACCAGAGAAGAAAGAACUUCUGAGAGCACAAGAGGAGAGAGACCAGAUAGUAGCAGUGAAGUCUGCGCACCUCUCGGCUGGAAUCCUGGACUUCGGUGAAGCGGCGAGAAAGGGCCUCUCCAUUGAGAUCGCCGCAGACCUGGCGCACAGCUACAGAACGCACACUGUGGAGCGCGGGUUCAUUCACAGAUCUGAAUCCAAAUCUUUCCUGCUGCAGCGUUGGACUCAUUAUGCUUCCUCCACCCUGGUUCCCCACAGCCACCCCAAGCGGUCUCCCCUCUCCACCACCAACUCCUCUUCCUUCCUGGACUCGGAGUUUCGCUAUGCCCUCUCCCCUCCCAUCUACGGCUAA